CCGCAUUCCGCGCAUUCUUUCGCGCGGGUAGGGUCUGCGCUUCCGAGCCCGGGAGGCAGUUCAGACCCCCACGCACACACCCAUCAAAGAGCCGCUCCUCCCCCCGCAGGCGCCUUCGCAGCCUCCCUCCCUUCCUUUCCUUUCCGCUCCUCUUCCGACCUGUCCACCAGGGAGGAAGGGAGCUGGAAAGGGGGUGGAAACCUCUCUCCUCCAAAAAGCACAACAAAACUGCUCAGUGCGGAGGAGCCGGGUUCGCCCCUGCCGAACAGCGGGGGGCUUUGUUCUCCGCAGUUGUUUCCUGCCCAUUUGACCUGUCAGCUGCUGGGGAAACGCUGCUGUUGACCUUUGGAUGAACUGCUAAGGCGAUUUUGCUGAUUUUUCUUUCUUUUUCCGCGAGGGCUGUCUUUUGCUCCUCCAAAUGAGCCCAGUCCCCCUCCCUUCUCCCCAAAGCGCUCCAAGAGAAAGUACCAGGAAGGGGCUUGCCCCGGAAGGCCUGGCCGCUGAGCGGGACCAGGUCCUGGUUAAGCCACCAGGGUGGGCGUCCGCGCCAUUGUUUGAGCUUGUCGGCGCUGGUGGGAGAGACGAGUGCAAUUCCUCUGGGAUGCAAGUCCCCUCGAAUGGCCGGGGCUGGCCGGGAUGUUCCCCGCACGGCGCUGCCCUCGAGUCCCCCCGAUGGAGAGCGCGGGCGCGCCUUCCUUCGCUGGCCUCCAAACCCGGGACCCGCGAGAACACAGCAGGGCUGGGACUGGGUUCCAGCCCCACGUGGAGUCUGGAUUUGUUUUGUUGUGUUUUGCUUUCCUUCCUGGAAGAAAUCUCGAGGGGACCGCCCUAGAGCGGCAGCUCCGGGACCUCGGCCCUUGGGCUUCCGGGGGUGCAGCCACUUAGGGCCUGCUCCCGGGGAGAGAGGGAUUAUUUUUUAAGGUUUAUCCCCAGGGCGCGCGGCAUUUCCCUGUCCCUCGUGAAUCCUGUUGAGAGGCCUCCCUCCCCAACCUCCUCUAUUUCCCCAGCCAGACCGAUUCGAGAGCCCUGGAGAUUCGGGGCGAGGCUGGUGACUGGGUAGUACAGGCCUCUAGGUAAAAUGACAGCCCUCUGGUGGGUGGCGAGGUGCCUGGCCAACGGAAGAGAAGUACUUUAAGGGCUGUUUCCUCCUGGAGCCUGCACUGCCUUUCGUAGUCGGCCCCGAUGCGGGCAGGGAGGAUCAUCUUCUGCAUCUCAAAGUGGACAUCCUUGCAGAUGGAGGUGUGCAGGCCUGGGCCACAGAUUUAGCUUCGGUCUCUUCUGGAAUAGCCCCUCCUAGCCAGAAGUUCAGCUUCUGCUUCCAAAGGGAGCCUGCCCUUGGAAGCAAGCACCUAAAAUUGAGAGAUGGGGGAAUCUUCCAGCCUGCUCUGUUGUGGUGGUGAACAUCUUUGAGGUUAACUGGGCCCUAUUCGGUUUAGCUUAGCUGAUUUUGACAUAUGUAUUCAGCAGAGGCCAUCUUUAACCCAGUUCCUCUUCUUCCUCUUUGCCCUCUAAUGGAAAGGCAUCCCUAGAGAGGUCAGAAGGAAAAAGUCAGUAUCUGCUCCCACAGCUCUGCGGGAAGGGGCUGGGGAAGGAAAUCAAGGUGUCUCCCAGGCCUCCAGAUACACCUCCCUUCCAUGCCUGGAAGCCAGUGCAGUGGAGCAAAGGUGGUUUCCCGGGAGGGGGCUCUGGGGCUGAGACCUAAAGGGGAAUUUUGAGAAGCAAAGGAAGAAAAAGCCCCUUAGAUUAUCUCUAGUAAAUGCCUGAAUUGGUGAAGGGUUGGAGAAUGUGUUUCCUAGUGGAGUAAUUCAUUUUAUUUUCCAGCGAGGGAAUGUAUGUAUAUCUCAUUUCAGGUGUGCCUGUGCAUGUCUGUAAAGCAGGACAGGAAGGCAGUGGAAGGCCUGAUGGUUGGUGUCUGCCAUUCUUGGAGGGGUUAGGGGAAGCAAUAAAAGCAACAAUAUUUUCAGAAGUGAUAGUAGCAUUUCCAGCCAAAGCUAUCUAAUUCUCUUAAUUAAUUGCAUUUUAAAAUUCAGUUUUUCUAUUUCUGCCACGUUGAAGGGUUACUUCAACCAUGUUGAACUGGUUACUCCAUGCAGGUGGCAGGAGGUAAACUUCGCUUAAUAUCAAUAAAGUACAGCCUAGUCUUUACAUUUCCUCAGAUUACCUGACUUUUGCUAAAAGCAAUAACGAAAAAUCUAAUGUUUUCUAUCUUUGCUAGUAAAGGAUUUCCAGUGGGGUAAUUUUUUAAAAACUCAUUUAAUUUAAAAUCCUGUAAGGCAUUUUUAGGGUCAGUUUGGAAAUUUUAGUUUUUCGAUUUUAUCACAAUACACUUCUUGAAAUCCCUUUCUCUCUCAUUCAUAAAUCCUUGGAUUAGAGUUUGAGACUCCCCUGGUCAUUAGAGAAAGACAAAAAGAGCUUUUUCUUACCCUGUUAUUUGCCUUUAAUAACCUCAAAUAAUAAAAUAGUCUGUUAUGCAAAAAGAUUUCAGGUACAAAAACAUUACCUUCCUUUCCAUCUACCUAAAACUUCCCUCAGCCUUUGUCAGUUCUAAUUUAAAAGCUGUCCUGGAGCUGUCCGAGAAAUGGGGAAGAUCAUCUAGAUAUUCCAGUUUCUCCUUCCACUCACCCUAUAGUACCCGAUAGCAUCCAAUAGCCCAGGGCCUGACCAUACAGCCCGUGAUAUUACCCUUUCUGUAGAAAACAGUCACUAAGGCCACUGAUGAACGUGGGGGAAGAGGGACACAAUUAACAGCUCUGGAAACUCUGGUGACAUUUUUCUGUUUUUUCUCUCUCUAGCACCACCAUUGCUAUCUCUGUCUUCAGUUCCCCAGGAGGGCAAUGGCAUCAAACAGCACAGCUCUGGGGGAUGUCAAUAUCGCAUACCUUUUCUACCUAAAGGGAAAAUGACUAGCUUUUCUGCUUGCAAAUAUAAUAGCCUUUCUGCUUGCAAAUGUAAUACAAUGCCCAUGACAGCCAAGGAUUGGAAGUGUAAGUGCUAGGUCUUACAGGUGAUUUUUUACAAUGAAGCAAACUCACUAUGUUAGGCAUCAUUUACAUUGGAUGUCUCCAACUAACAAAAGUAACUAAAGACAGAUGUAGGUGUAAAUUGAGAGUGAAAUUUGACCGUCACAACUUCCUUGGGCUUAUCCUGGGUGGUUAUAGGAGAGGUGGGCUCCACCCACAAAAAUGGACUGCUCAGAAAAAUGAGGGAGAGAAAAAGGGUGGCCACUUUACUGAGCCAAGAAAUUCCUUGAAAAAAAAUCAGAACAUCUGAAACCAGAUAGCUGAUUUCCUUACGGGGAGGCAGUUCCCGGCUAACAAAGAGGAAGCACGAUGGGAAGAAAAGUUCACUCCAACGGAAGCCAGUUUGCUGAACAUAGCAGAUCGCCCAAGAGGACUGGGAGAGACUGCAAACCAGUUCGAGCCCCCAGCACAGCGUUAGGUGUCAGCCAGCUGGCAGGAAGGUCCAGGUGUCUGUGUUCAGAGUCUCAAGGCGGCUAUGAGAGGUUUUCCUCCGAGUACCCAGAAUUCUGUUCUAAAACCAAGGCCCUGGCAGCCAUCCCACCCCCGGUUCCCCCCAGCGCCACAGAGCCCUUGGACCUGGGCUGCAGCUCCUGUGGGACCCCACUACACGACCAGGGGGGUCCUGUGGAGAUCCUUCCCUUCCUCUACCUCGGCAGUGCCUACCAUGCUGCCCGGAGAGACAUGCUGGACGCCCUGGGCAUCACGGCUCUGUUGAAUGUCUCCUCAGACUGCCCAAACCACUUUGAAGGACACUAUCAGUACAAGUGCAUCCCGGUGGAAGAUAACCACAAGGCUGACAUCAGCUCCUGGUUCAUGGAAGCCAUAGAGUACAUCGAUGCGGUGAAGGACUGCCGUGGGCGCGUGCUGGUGCACUGCCAGGCGGGCAUCUCGCGCUCGGCCACCAUCUGCCUGGCCUACCUGAUGAUGAAGAAACGGGUGAGGCUGGAGGAGGCCUUCGAGUUCGUUAAGCAGCGCCGCAGCAUCAUCUCGCCCAACUUCAGCUUCAUGGGGCAGCUGCUGCAGUUCGAGUCCCAGGUGCUGGCCACAUCCUGUGCCGCGGAGGCCGCCAGCCCCUCGGGACCCCUGCGGGAGCGGGGCAAGACACCCGCCACCCCCACCUCGCAGUUCGUCUUCAGCUUUCCGGUCUCCGUGGGCGUGCACUCGGCCCCCAGCAGCCUGCCCUAUCUGCACAGCCCCAUCACCACCUCUCCCAGCUGUUAGAGCUGCCCUGGGGGCCCCAGAACCAGAGCUGGCUCCCAGCAAGGGUAGGACGAGCCGCCUGCGGGCAGAAAGUUGGGACUGAGCAGCUGGGAGCAGGCGACCGAGCUCCUUCCCCAUCAUUUCUCCUUGGCCAACGACGAGGCCAGCCAGAAUGGCAAUAAGGACUCCAAAUACAUAAUAAAAGCAAACAGAACACUCCAACUUAGAGCAAUAACGGCUGCUGCAGCAGCCAGGGAAGACCUUGGUUUGGUUUAUGUGUCAGUUUCACUUUUCCGAUAGAAAUUUCUUACCUCAUUUUUUUAAGCAGUAAGGCUUGAAGUGAUGAAACCCGCAGAUCCUAGCAAAUGUGCCCAACCAGCUUUACUAAAGGGGGAGGAAGGGAGGGCAAAGGGAUGAGAAGACAAGUUUCCCAGAAGUGCCUGGUUCUGUGUACUUGUCCCUUUGUUGUCGUUGUUGUAGUUAAAGGAAUUUCGUUUUUUAAAAGAAAUCUUCGAAGGUGUGGUUUUCAUUUCUCAGUCACCAACAGGUGAAUAAUUAUGCUUAAUAAUAAAGUAUUUAUUAAGACUUU